UAUAGAUUUUUCUACGUGCGCACAUUCGUAUAUUCUUUCAUCACAUACAGAGUGGAAUGAACGGAACAACAAUCUUUUUCUAAUAUUUCAUCAUUUUAGCGACGUACAUUGCAUUUAAGGGAAAAAAGAAUUUUGAGCAACAUUUUUUUGUAUUUUAUUGAAAAAAGUUUAAACAAUUAGUUGGAAAAUAUGUCGGAUUGGGAUUCGGUGACUGUGUUGCGUAAGCGACAACCAAAAGCAUCUGCUAUGAAAACUGAAGGAGCCAUAAAUCAAGCCCGACGACAAGGAUUAAAUAUCGACACAACGCAAAAAUAUGGUGCUGGAACGAAUAAGCAACAUGUGAUUACCAAAAAUACUGCUAAACUCGAUCGUGAGACUGAAGAAUUAAAACAUGAUAAAAUCCCAUUGGAGGUUGGAAAAAUCAUCCAAGAAGGUCGCAAAGCCAAGGGUCUUAAGCAAUCCGAAUUGGCUGCGAAAAUUUGCGAGAAACCACAAAUUAUAACCGAUUACGAAGCUGGACGUGGCAUACCGAACAACGUUAUUUUGGGAAAAAUUGAACGCAUAAUUGGGCUAAAAUUGCGUGGAAAAGAUCGUGGACAGAUAUUGCUGCCUCCUGGUCCAAAGAAGUGAGGCACUGGGAGGCAUAUUCAUUUCAUAUAUCUUUCAUAGAAAUUUAAUGAGAAAAAAGAAGAAGUAUCGAAAUAAAUUCACAAUCGAAGGAGAAAUGUUAAGAAAUGAAAACCAACUAAACAGACACACACAUUUAUUGCGCAUUUUUGUUCACUUGAGAAAACAGAAUGAACACACACAAUUUGAAAUGUCAUUUUUAACAAUCAUUGUAUUUUAACUGAUAAACCAAUUAUACCUAUAUGAAUUUUGA